AAAGUAUUUAGUCAUCCAUGAUAGAAGAUCACUGAGGGGUAGUAGUGAUCGCGUGCACAUUUAGUAUCUAAUCUACUAAUCAAGAAACUAUAUCAGCAUCAGAACCCCAAGGACACUCUUAUGGACGGAGAAAGUUGUUAUCACCGAACUCUACCAAAUUUUCGCGGGACCCAAAACACACCCCUCCCUCUCACCCCACCAUAUCUUAUCUUCCACUUCCUAAUAACAUAACUACCUACUACUAACAUAGUAAAUCUGUUCAUACUCAUAUACCCACUAUUGAACCUACUCAAAUACCCAUCCAGCUAUCCAUGGCAACUACAAGGUUAAUGACCUGGGACCCAACCCAAUUCUUCCGAACGGAAGAAGGCCUUCCCUCGAGUCCCUACGCCCUGCUCAUCCUCAACCAUCCAAUCAACGAGAGAGCAUAUGAUGUUUUACAACAGCAUGCACUAACAACCGUCUGCGCCGACGGCGGCGCCAACCACUUCUACGAGAUGAUGAAAGCGCGGGGCAGAGAGGAUGUAGAUCACCCCACCACCAUAAUCGGCGACCUGGACUCCAUCCACCCAACAAUAAAGUCCCACUACGAGUCACACGGGGUAAUCGUGAUCUACCACCACGACGACUACAGUACCGAUUUCACCAAAGCAUUGCGGUAUAUUCGCGCCAACACUGCCGAAAUCUUAUCAUCCUCAUCAUCAUCCACCACCACCCACCAACAAUACAAAGAAAGUGACAGCUUGUCAAUACUAAUCCUCGGCGGCCUCGGCGGCCGCGUCGAUCAGGCUUUCUCGCAGAUCCAUCAUUUGUAUUCAAACUCCACUAUUCCUUCUUCUUCUACCGAAGGGGAUAGGAAGGAAGGUGCAUUAUAUCUCGUCUCGGAAGAAAGUAUCACGUUCAUCUUACAUCCGGGGAAGAAUGUGAUUCGCACUCCUGGGGUGAAGAGGGCUGAUUUGUCUGUCUCUACUACCUCCGGGGAAGGGAAAGAAGAAGCAGAAGAAGGAGAGUAUCUACUGGAAGAGAACGUGGGCAUUAUUCCACUCUCUGGACCGGAGCGAAUCACGACGAAAGGAUUCCAGUGGGAUGUGGAAUCCUGGGAAACGGAGAUCGGGGGCCAGAUUAGUACAAGUAAUCAUAUUCGGGCGGAGGAGGUGGAGGUUAGUGCUGGGGGAGCGGUGUUGUUUACGGUGGAGUUGGCGGGGAGGUUUAAGCGGUCUUCUUCAUCUUCUUCUUCUUAGAUUAUUUCAUGUGGUUGUUUGUUGGAUUGGUGGCUGGUAUAGAUGUUGGUAUUCAUUCAUCCUAACAUUUAGACUUAAACAUAUCAAGCAAUACUACAGCGCCCAUCGCCCUCAAAGCAUAGCAGUAACAGCAGUCCAGUCCGCUGAUAC